AGAAAAUGUCGCAGUGAGGGCGGAAAACCAAAAAUACCAACCUUCUACUCGCAACUAAUUGACCUCACUGUUUCUGAAGUCCGGACAUCCAGGCGGUGAGGUCCUCAUCCAUCCAGGUGGCAUCUUCUAUCUUCAUCCAGGUGGCGGCAUCUUCUAUCUUCAUCCCAGCGGCGUGGAGCGGGUCCAUCCUGAAGACAUCCGGCCCUGAGCAUCCUCUUCAUACGGUCGCCGCCGUAUACUGAAUCUUCAAUGCAAGGAUUUCUGGCUGGACUGAAUAAUUCAGUAUACGUAUUUGCUGGUGUGGGGGUCUUUGCCCUCAUAAUUAUUAUAAUUGGAGGAUGGGCGCUUAGGAAGAGCAUCCGAAAAUCCAAACUUCCUGAUGAGGAGCAACCAAACAUCAGCCCCGUCAUCAGGAAAGCUUCUCUGAAAAAGGAGAAGAGAUUAAAAAAGAAAACAAAGAAAGAAAAGAAGGAGAAAAGGGAGGUGGAACAGAAGGAGGAAAUGAAGGGAGAGAAGGAGGUGAAGAUGCAGAAGAAGAAGGAUGAAAAAUCAGGGGAAGCUGAAAUUGAAACCAAAGAGAAAGCAGUACAGACAGAGAGCACACAAGAAGUAAAAUGGAAACUUUUGGAGUUUUGGAUAAAUAAAGACCUAGAAGUACAGAGACGGCGAGAGGAAGAACUAAGGGAGGAGGAGGAGUUCUUUAGCUGAAAGAACAACUGAAGCUAAAUUGUUUACAUCAGAGCCCCUCUCUCAUAUCUACCAGAGCUACGUGUACCAGCCAGGGCUCUGCCUCUUCUGCCACUCCUGUGUGCCAAUAUGUCCCGCCCCUGAGAAACCAUCUUGUAUUGUCAUCCUUCUUAUCUCUACCUCUUAUUAAGAAUUCUCCAUGGUUACUAAUUAAUAAAAUUAGACCAAGUAAA